AUGCCAGACAAUCAGGAUCGAGCAUCUUGGACUCGACGCUUCUCGCCCCCUCACGGAGAUUCUCGCACGACCUUGUGCAACACCAACCAAGAUUAUGAAACGAACACGAGGGGCGAGGUAGCUCAGUGGUUAGAGCGCGAAUUUAUUGACCGGAAGGUCUGCGGUUCGAACCCGACCACUGCCGCUUCACUUCCGCCGUCUAGGCUUGGGCAACCGGGCAGUAUCGCAGCCCUCGCCUUAUGGUGGCAUGACGAGCCUUUGGCUCAAAAACUUAACUGCAAGACACCCUACAUAUCUAAGGAGCAAGUCGCCACACAUGUUCUGUCUCCCAGCCCAGAGGACCAGGAAGCUGUGUUAGUCAAGCCUCUAUCCAUUGACUUACACGGGCUGAAAUCAGUCAGUGUGCAGUUUAUGAAUGUUGGUGGCUUAGUUCUACCUCUAGCACAACCGGUGGCUCAGCACGCCGGAAAAUCCAGUGUGCGGGUAAAUGCAGUUCAGGACAUAAUCACUGAAAGGUUGAAACGGCUAGGUUUUGUCAACAGACAACUCUGCAAACAGGUGGUUUCUGAACCACAAAGUCGUUCAGCUGUAGCACUCUUUCGGUGCCCAACUGACAAGCUACCAGAAGGAAACACGAGGGCUCAGAUACUGCCAGGUAGCCCAAUUCUAGACAGGGGAAGUCAAGAGACAGAGGUCGGGUUCGACCCACAGACCUUCGCGCUAAGCACUACUACGCUCCACAAUAACGCGCUGAUGAUGUCACCUCGAUUGGUGAUAAAACGUUUGCAAUCACAUUGCCUAGCUCAGCGAACAAGCCAACGAUCACAAUCUACGCUACCUGAGCUACCGACAUAUAAUUAUAUAUAUAUAAUUCUCCGAUCAGCUUACCGACCGCCACGCGUUAAGCGUGAUACACGGACGAUGGACACAAAAUUGCCGGAAGAUAACGCAUCGUUGAUGCGCGAAAAGCGGUAG